AUGUCCACUUCGCAACUUCGAAAGCUGCUCCGUAAACAACAACCACGCAGUUAUAUAGCAGGGCCUGCCAUGUCUCACUGCGAAGUGGCUUCCAAGCCACUCCUCCGCGCUUUGAAUCAUUCGUCUGCCGCCAAAUUUGCUAUUACUUCGUUGCAGUCGAAACGGCUUUUUCAGACAACAGCCGUAUCGCAAGAUGAGGCCCAGGUCGAGACCAAACCAGCGCCAUUCUACAAGAACCCCGACCCUGCAUUAGUGACGAUCCCUCGGCUGGAGCGGAAGCUUAUGAAAUCUGGCGUGUCCCCAAUUGGCUCUCGAAGACGCCGUGCUGCCCUUCAGCGCACUGAGAACAUCCCAUUCGAACUUCUACCAUACCAAUGUUUCCAGGAGGCACGCAAAGUCCUCCAGGCGGACCGGCAGGAGAAAUUGAAUGAUAUUGCUAGGGAGCAGGCACGAGUAGAACGACUACGGGCUCUGUCUGAUGAGGAGGCAGGAGGCGCGAAUGUUAAGAAGUCUAAGCUCGGGGCCAUUGAGAAACACUUGGAGAACUUGAAGGUCUGGGCGGAUAUUAACGACCCUGUGGUCAAGAAGAAAUUUGAAGAUGGUCAAGGUGAUAUGAACCUACCGAUUUACCGGCAUUUGGCAGACAAGCAGUGGAGGGAAUAUCGACGGCUGAUCAUUGUUCAAAGGAUCACACAGAUGAAAGUCAUUCCUGACGUUCUCCCUUCUUGUGAUCCGAUUGUUGACGUCAAACUCUACUUUGAUGGCAAAGGCAUUUCGCCUGGCUCCUUUGUUGACUCCAGGUUGAGCAUGAAUACGCCGAAACUGAAUGUCCAAUCAUUCGAGGCAGGUCAGAAACUCGUCACUAUUGCGGUCGUUAACCCGGACAUUCCUAAUGUCGAAACAAACGGCUUUGAUUCUCAAUGCCACUACCUCGCCGUCAACGUGCCGAUUUCUCCUACCGACACACACAUUGAUCUUGGCAAGUUGCCAGAGACGGCGAGCCUGCUGCUUCCCUGGCUUGCACCAGCAGCUCAGAAAGGCAGUCCGUACCACCGACUGUCCUUUUUUGUUAUGGAGCAGAAGGACAAUCAGCCGUUAGAUGCUGCUGCCAUCAAGGAAAAGGGAGUCGAAAGACAGGACUUCCGUCUCCGCGCUCUCCAAUCCAAACACCAACUGAAACCAAUCGGUGCGGCCCUCUUCCGUACUCAGUGGGAUGAGAACACGGACGAAGUCAUGAGAGAAUUGGGCAUGGAUACUGCAGGGUUCGAAUUACGCAGAAAGAGGGUCGAGCCUUUGCCAUACAAGCGGAGAAACCCUUCCUCGUUCCGGUAG